CUUAAAUGCCCCUCCUUCCUUUCCCAGUCUCUCACCUUUCUCAUUAGUCAUUUCUCACUCUCUGCUCAGUGCUCAGUGCUCAGUGCUCACCUUCACACGUAGUUCAUUCUCUUGUAUUCUCCCAACUUCACCACCAGACCAGACAUGAAGAUCAUAACCACUUUUCUCCUGGCUUUUCUGCUUGCCGCAGCCACCCUCUCCGCCGCUGUCCGCCCUGAGUCCGGAGGGACACUCCACGCCGAGCUAAAGGGCACCAAAGGAAAGGGCAAAGGCAACAACAACAACAACAAUGGUGACGUUGGCGGAAAGGCUAAUGGGAUGGGAGGUUUCUUCGGCCCUGGAGGCGGUUUCGGAAUGCCUGGAUUCGGGAACGGUAACGGAUGGGGUAACGGCGGCAGCAUCGGCGGAGGGUAUGGUGGGGGUUACGGAGGUCCCAGCGGGGGAUACUCCAUGGGCGGGAUCAUAAGGCCGACUGUGGUGUGCAGUGAUCCUGGUCCCUGUUACAAGAAAAAGGUGGCGUGCCCAACUAACUGCUUUACUUCGUACAGUCGUUCUGGGAAGAACUACGGUGCCGGUGGUGGUGGUGGCGGUUGCACCAUCGACUGCAAGAAGAAAUGCACUGCUUACUGUUAGAUGUGAAGCAACGAUCCAUGGCGUUUUCCGGUUUGGAGUAAAACCGGCUCUACCUAGCUGUUGUUCUCUGGAUAAAUAUAUUAUAUUAAUUACUAGAAGUCUAGAAUGAAGAGUGCGCAGCGUACGUGUUGUUAAUUGUUAUUAUCAUCUUGUGAGCGUGUUUGUAAGUAGUAGAGAUGUUGUUCUCUGAUCUCUGUAGGGAGGGAUGUAAGAGAGUUUGUAUUGGGCUUGAGGUGAGUCUUUUUCUGUUGUAUACAGUAAGUACGUAAUGGAAUUUGCCUUAAUAAAAAUAAUUCAUCA